GGUGACGUCACAUGUAAACAGCAGCAGCACUAAUGGCCUGCAGCUCCUCCUCUCUCCUGCAGCACAGUAGCGAUGUUACACAUUAAAAACCGGUUGAAAUACAGCUCUCCCGGUGUCGCUGCCGCCAGGCUGUUUGCCUCCGGUCCCGUCAGGAACCCCGUGGUGUUUCUGGACGUGGAGGCCGACGGUGAGCCUCUGGGAAGAGUAACUAUUGAGCUGAAUGCAGAUGUAGUGCCAAAGACUGCAGCAAACUUCAGGGCACUGUGCACUGGGGAACCUGGCUUUGGAUUCAAGGGAUCUGUGUUUCACAGGAUCAUACCUGAGUUCAUGUGUCAGGGGGGAGAUUUCACCAAACACAACGGCACAGGAGGGAAAUCUAUAUAUGGGAAGACAUUCAAUGAUGAAAACUUCAAAUUAAAACACACUGGUCCAGGAACACUUUCAAUGGCAAAUUCAGGGCCAAACACCAACGGCUCCCAGUUCUUCAUCUGUACGGCUAAAACUGAAUGGCUGGAUGGUAAACACGUGGUGUUCGGGCAGGUGAAGGACGGGCUGGAUGUGGUCACCAAGAUGGAAUCCUUUGGUUUACACGACGGUGGUGUGAUUAAGAAAAUUGUCAUCACUGACUGUGGGGAGAUCAAAUAACACCCAAGAUCACACGAGGACUUCUGUCGGAUGACUCGAAUACCAAGAUGACGACGGACAAAGAACAAGAUGGCGACGGCCAGAAACCAAGAUGCCAAACUCUAGGCUUCAAAACGACAGUCCACAAACCAAUGGGUGACGUCACGGUGACUACGUCCAUUUCUUAUGUACAUCUGUGGUCUAUGGUUUGUGCAAACGCUAACAUUUGUACCACCAAGCACACAAAUGCAUUAAUUUAUCCUACACACAGAAACGUUUUCUCACCCAGACACGCAGUAUAACCCCGAAGUCAUACAUUGUUCGUUCCGAAUUUCACAAAUCAAACAGAUUGUCAUACAACAUGAAGAAGUGAUUAUUUAAACCCUACUGUUAUAUGAAUUAGAUGGAUAUUAGUACAUAAUCUCAACCUAACACUGGUGCCUAUUUUCUAAUGUAAAAUGUAAUCAGUCUAUGAUAUAAUCUGUGAUCCAUGUCCAUGAUUUCUAUAUUACUUAUAGUAGCUACAUUUUUUUUUAAAAAAGGUGAUACCACAAUAGAUAUUAAAGCUAUUUAAAUGUAGUGGUCACCUCAUUCACUGCAAGCGUGGUGACAAGCAGAGAGCUGGCACAACAGUGCUACUUUCAAGAAGCUAUUUGUAACACUUUCCUCUGACGGGGUGCUAAAUAUGUAUAUGUGCAUAUAAAUCUAACACUUCAAAAACACAUUGACAUGUAAACUGUAAAUCUAUAAUGUGCAAAUGUUUUAUGCAUUGAUAAAAAACACUCACCGACAAAGA